AUGUCCUUGAAGGCCACCAAAGAAAUUAUCAACAAGGAGACGUUUAGUCAGCUACAAGACCUGGACGAUGACGAGACACAAGAGUUCUCGCGGGGCAUGGUCCAUGACUACUUCAAUCAGGCAGAAACCACGUUCUCGGACAUGGAUUCAGCAUUUGCUGCGAAGGAUCUGGAGACACUAUCAAGCCGCGGGCAUUUUCUCAAGGGUUCGUCUGCCGCUCUUGGCAUUGUCCAAGUACAGGCCAUUUGCGAGAAGAUACAACACCUAGGUAAGCGGACGGAUCCUGACAAGGGGACGGAUCCCGACAAGAGAGUGGAAUCCAAGGAGCCCGAGCUUUCCCGCGAUGAAGCACUGGCCAAGAUCGAACCACUACUCGCUCGCGUGAAAGUCGAGCAUGCUGAUGCGGUCAGGUGGCUGAUGGAGUACUACAAGGCGCUAGACUCCUGA